AUGUGGCGAGAUCGCACCAACCUCUACAUCUCUUACCGUCAAUCUUACUCGCAUCAUCCAACACAACGGAAAUCCUAUGCGAGUGGCGGCGGCGAUGGGUUCGCGACAAGCAGUUACGCCAAUGAAGACCAACGUGGCCUCCUAUCUCGAGGUGGCUUCGACGACGAUGGCGAUCUCGUGAUUGAGAUGGACUUGCUACCCCCUCGCUGGGCAGACACGUCUGACGAGAUCACCGAAAUUUUGGAGAAGAUUGCAAUCAAGAGUCAGACCCUGUCAAAGCUGCACCAAAAGCAUGUUCUGCCGGGCUUCAAUGAUGACGACGCAAAACGAAGCGAAGAGGCGCAAAUAGAGAAGCUGACACAAGAAAUUACAAAGGGCUUCCACGAGGCUCACCGUUGCAUCCAACGAGUUGAGCAAAUGGUUCGCGAAUCCAAGCAAGCAGGAACCAUCUCCCGCGCCGAGGAAACGAUGGCCAAGAAUAUUCAAAUCUCAUUGGCGUCUCGUGUCCAAGAUGCCAGCGCCAGCUUCCGAAAGAAGCAGAGUGCGUAUCUCAAAAAAUUGCGUGGCCUUGGCGGCAUGUACACCAGCACACCAGACACAGGAUCGUACUCUGCCGACCCGUCGCUGCAAGAAUCCGACGCCGACAAAGUAUUUUCAGAAUCAGCAUUACGCACAGCUACACAACAGAAGAUGCUACACUCCAACGAUUCGGCAAUUGCCCAGCGCGAACGAGAAAUUGAAGACAUAGCACAGGGCAUCAUCGACCUCGCCGACCUGUUCCGCGACCUUCAGACGAUGGUUAUUGAUCAGGGCACCAUGCUCGACCGCAUCGACUAUAAUGUCGAGCGCAUGAAUACAGAUGUCAAAGGCGCUGACCAAGAGCUCAAGGUAGCUUCUGGUUAUCAGCGUCGAUCGACCAAGCGCAAGAUCAUGCUGCUGUUGAUCCUGUUAAUUGCUGGCCUCUUCAUCCUUCUUCUCAUGAAACCGAGGCGGUCAUAG